AUGAGCAGUUGCUUGAAGCAGCUUGGUGUCUUACAAACACAGCUGCUGGAAAACCUAAAGAAACAAGAGCUUAAUUGUCUGCAUUACCUUUACUCAUUGCUCAAAUUGGAGGCGACAUCAUUGUCAGGGCCUCCUUAUAUCUUUGUUUCUACUCCAGCUUGUGUCCAAAGAUGUCUUUCAUCAGGUGUUCUUCAAGCAAAAUCCGUUCAUGAUUAUCUUUCAAUUAUUAUUCUUGAUAAGGCAGAUCUUAUUUUUACAUAUGGAUAUGAAAAGAAUCUCAAAGAUCUCAAAACUCACAUUCCUAAAAGAUGUCAAUGCCUUCUCAUGGCUGCUACCUCAAGCUUGAAGAAGCUUUAUCUACACAAUCCCUAUAUUCUUACUUUAGCAGAAGUUGGUGAUGGAAAGGACGAAAUUGUCCCCAAAAAUGUUCAGCAAUUUUGGUUUGGUAUAAAAUCUGCUGUGUUAAAUGCUGAAUUGCCUGUGAAUUGACGUCUACAUAUUCUUGAG